GACCAGUCUGCGAUGCGAUGAUAAUAUCCAUGCGUUAUCACUCCGUGUACCCGUAUCUUUCCUCAAUUUUUGUUUAAUAUAAUGGUGUUUUUCGCGUUGAAUUUAUCCCAGAGUUUCGGUCGAAAGUGUCUUUGGAAUCACUCGAAGAUACUCACGUACAUUUAAAUUUCAUCGAGACUGUAGCGUAUUAAACCAGACCAGAAAACCAUGAAACUGUUUAAUAAAUUCCACACAACUUCGAUGGCUCGUUGAACAGAGGAUCAGCUUUCAGAGGACUACGAAAUUAGAAUAAGCCGUACACGAUGAUCUCAAUUUCAAACUUGACAGCUCUCCUGUCUAUUCCAUGCUUGUGUCUCAUCUUCCUCUCAAUCAGUUUCUACGUGUACUUGCGAGCCACAAUAAGCCACCACUCCUGGAAAAAGAGAGGCAUACCGCUUCUCGACCCUGUACCAUUUUUUGGCCAAUGGGAAUUCUCGCGCAUUUUCCAUGAAUCAUACUUUGAGAUCAUAAACCGCCUCUAUGAGGGGGCUCGCUCGAAGGGACUCAAAUAUUGCUGCAUAUUCCAAUUUUCCACCCCAACCCUUAUGUUGCUGGACCCACAGAUCAUUGGGAGCAUCCUCACGAAAGAUUUCGCUUACUUCAGCGACAGGUUCGAUCUGCAAUACGAUGAAACACAGGCAAUUUCCCAACAGCUUUUUUCCGUAUCCACUGCUGAUUGGAAAGAGAUCAGCAAGAGGGUUUCACCUGUAGUCUCCCCGGGAAGAAUCGGUUACCUGGUGCAAGAAAUGGAAAACAUUGAUAAGGACGUUAUUUUUAAUGACGUUCCCUCUGUCGUCUCCACCGAUCAAUUUGCUUUCAAAUUCAACCAGAUGGUUAUGGGACUAGCAUCUCUUGGCUCGGAUUUGGCGCGAAACGCGAGCAGUGUGCUGAGCACAGUGAAAAAUAUGAUCGACCACUGUUUUUAUAAUUUUUUCAUAUUUUAUGCGCCCCUUGUCUUACCCUCGUUGAGGAAAUCGUUCUUUCCGAAAAUCGAUGAUGAGGAAUUGUGUUCCAUGGUGAGGAACGUUUCAAUGUCGAGAGAAAAUAUUGGAGACCAUCGCAACGACGUUUUCCAGUUUUUUAUGGACGCACAGGCGAAGCAAGAAAAACGCAACAAGAAAUCAAGCUCAAGUAAUUCAUCAUUUGAUGUGGAUAUUAUCACAGUCGCUCGCCGCUUGUUUUGGUUUUUGAUGGAUUCUCAAGGAACAAGCACGGUGGCGCUUUCAUUUGUUCUCCAUCUGAUCUCGCUGCAUCCUGAAUGUCAAGAGAAGAUAAAGCAGGAAUUAGAGCGGGUGAUGGAAGAGAGAGGCGAACAAGAGGUCACCUAUUCUGUCGUCAGAGACCUCAAGUACACGCAUACAGUCAUUAAAGAAUGCCUUCGACUGUACACACCAAUGUCCGUGCUGCAACGGGUCUGCACGAGAGAUUAUCUGCUACCGGGCUCCUCCGUUGUGAUCCCUAAAGGGACCAAAGUAAUUAUCCCGAUUUACUCUAUCCAACGAGACCCACAGUACUUCCCUGAGCCCUUCGAGUUUCGACCCGACCGUUUUCAUGACGUCACCAAAAUCGCACCCUACACUUUUAUGCCUUUUGGCGAGGGCCCCCGAUUUUGUAUCGGCUACCGAUUCGCGAUGGCGCAUCUGAAAUAUACGAUCGCAACUUUGGUAUCAAAAUUUCACAUCGAGGCGGCGUCAACAAAACAAAACAUUCUAGCUCUUCAUCCCUUUAGCCCUGCAAUACUCCGAUCGAAGAAGGAGAUCAUGGUUCGAUUCAGGAAAAGAUUUAGCAAAUCAGAAGAGAGCGUCACUUGAUUUUUUUGACCUCCAUAUUGAAUGGAGGUUUGAAUACAAUUACUUAGUAUUCCCAUCUUAUUUGCCUAAAAUAGGGGCCUCGUAUGCGGAGAUUAUAAAAAAUCAAAAUUUUGUGUUCAAAAGAUUCCUCCUAGCGUCGCCAUCUUGCAGAAAAAUGUGAAUCAUCACUGAUCAGUUACAACCUCACUCCAAAGUGGAAACUCCAUACAUGCAUUUAUUGAAAAUCUGUGAACUGAGCUUAUAAAGGGGUGAAAUCUCCGCGACACUUUAGUAGUAUGGCGCUGUUUUCGGAAAUCAGUGUGAAAAUUAAUUACAAAAUUUUUUGCAGUAUAUAUCCCUAAAGUGCUCGGAGAAUACGCGCGAUAGAGUAGGUUAGAAGCAACUUUUUACGAGGAUCAAAUUGAAAAUGUUGACGUAAGCAAUUACGUAGGGUUUAUAAAAUUGGGGAAAAGGCUUUAAUGACCACCAGAGACAAGUUUUUCUCGUUACUGCCAAAUAUGAUCGCAACACGGAUAACUGAAUAGAACAGAUUACAGAACAUAGGUAACGAUUGAAUAUAAAUCACAACUAGGGAAAAUCUAUCAAGUGUUGUCAUAAAAUUGAUCUGUUUCUCGUUAUUUUUUUAAAAAAAGAACCCAAGAAGGAGACUUACUGCGUCUGAAUUAUCCUAGCACGAUUAAUUAGUUUGAAUGACUUGAAAUGAUAAAUUCUAAAUUUCGAGAGUUGACAAAAUUUAGUCGUGCAUUGCCUUCAUUAGCUUAAUUGAACAUUAGAGAUUUGAGAUAUUCUCAAUUUCUGAAAUUAGACUGAUACUGCGGAAAUUUCAAGCCAAUGCUCGAUUCUGCUGAAAUGCCAGGUUUUGAAUGGGGACCAGUACACACAAACCUUACAUUAUGUUAGGUAUCUUACUUUCAAAUGAUUGUCUGCUCCCUUUGUUACAUUAAUAAUAAAUUGGAAAAAACUUCUGUGAACUCAUUGACCAUGAACUUUUUGAAAAGUCUAAUUAAAGUUUUUUUUGUGAAAUUUCAA